AUGGGUGUCAUUGAGAAGAUCCGAGAGAUUGAGGCCGAAAUGGCCAGGACUCAGAAAAACAAGGCAACUGAGUACCAUCUCGGACAGCUCAAGGCAAAGCUCGCCAAGUACAGGACGCAGCUGGUCGAGGCGCGUGCCAUGGGCGGCGGCAAGGGAGAAACCUUCGAAGUGUCCAAGUACGGAGACGCCAGAGUAUGUCUGAUCGGGUUCCCUUCCGUGGGGAAGUCGACGCUGUCAAACGCGCUGACUAACAUGAACUCGGCAACCGCCGAGUACGAGUUCACCACGCUGACAUGCGUGCCCGGCAUCCUGGUCUACAAAGCGGCCAAGAUACAGCUCCUCGAUCUGCCAGGUAUCCUGGACGGGGCCUCCGAGGGCAGAGGCCGUGGAAGGCAGGUCAUCGCCAUAGCCAACAGCUGCGAUCUCGUACUCAUGAUACUGGACGCCACCAAGGACGACUCGCAGAAACGCAAGUUGGAGCGGGAGCUUGAAAACGCCGGCAUCCGCAUCAACAGGAAGCCGCCAAACAUAUCGUUCAGGCAGAAGAAGACUGGCGGGCUGAACAUCAACCACCUAGUGCCAGUCACCCACCUCAGCGAGCGCGUCGUGCACUCCGUGCUGCACGAGUACAAGAUAUUCCACGCCGACAUCAUCAUCCGCGAGGACGCCACCGUGGACGACCUGAUCGACGUCGUGCGCGGCAAUGUCAAGUACUGCAAGUGCAUAUACGUCUACAACAAGGUCGACAUGCUGUCGCUGCCGGAAAUCGAGGAGAUAGCCAUGCGGCCGAACUCCGUGGUCGUCAGCAGCGGCAAGGAGUGGAACCUCGAGCUGCUGAAGGAGCGGAUGUGGGACGAACUCGAACUGAUGCGCAUAUACACCAAGAACAAGGGCGAACUACCCAACUUCGACGAACCCAUCAUCAUGACGCCCCAGCGUGGCGACGGCCGGGUCUCAUCGGCCGUCGAGAUGAUCCACAAGAAGAUGCUCGACGAGUUUAAGUUCGCGCUCGUUUGGGGCACCAGCGUCAAGCACAACCCGCAGCACGUCGGCCUGCGCCACAAGCUGAACGACGAGGACGUCAUCCAGGUCUUCAAGAAGCGGUGA